AUGAUUAUUGAAAAUCACGACUUGCAAGUCCGGUUUAAAUGGAGGAAUGAGAAUGAUAUAGCGAUCUGGGACAACCGCUCCAUGUUCCACACCGCAACUUAUGACUAUGACGAUGACAAGACGCUUGGCGAACGCGUCGGUAUUCGUACCGUUGGUAUUGGGGAGGCGCCAUACUUUGACCCGGAUAGCAUAUCUAGCGCUCUCCUUACCAUGCUGAUGCCACUCGAGCUUUUCUAUGUACUGUCGCAAGCAACGGUGAAGCUGCGUCUCCUGAACUUGGCCAAUUCUGGCUGA